GCGGAUAUGUCUAUGGUAUUGGUCUCGUGGAUCUGUUCUUCAUCACAUACGUAUGUUUUCUACAUGCAAUCAAUUAGUAAUUUUCAUUUAAAGGAUAAGCACAUUUUGAGCAGAAUUCUGGCACCCCUACGAUCCUACAUAGACCACUCCUCACAUCCUGCUUGUCAUUUGUCUUUGGAAGGAAACUCAUUUGUUUGUAGACCCCCUAGUGGUCGUUAAAUAGUAGUUACGUUGCAUCGUUACAUCGCGACAGUAAAACUUGACCACCUGUUGGAUCGUGCCAUCUUUUCGUUCCCUUCUUCAAGGCAACGUUUGUGUCGUCGGUGUCAUGAAAAUUUCAAUGGAGAAAGUUGUCAUGGACCAAGGUUUUGCCCCUUCCCUAGCUGGUCUGGGCCUGACCCGGCCGUACAAGAGGCAGGGCGGGCGGUGGACGGGCCUGGUGCUCCUGGUGGGAGGCUGUCUGGGCGGGGUGCUGGUGUGCGCCGUCCUCAUGCCGCUGGUCUACGUCACCAUGUCAGACCUGCAGCUGGAGGUGACCGAGCUCAGAAACCUCUUGAUACCUGGUACAGAGGACCGAGUAAACGGCACUGCUGCGGGCGGGGCGCACAGGGAGCGGAGAGCGGCCGACACGUCCAUCGGGGACGUGUUCGUGCGGUGGGGGAGGGAGAACUGUAGUGAAAAUGCCAAGACUAUCUAUUCCGGUGUUGUGGGGGGUGGACAUUACGGCCACCACGGAGGAGGAAGUGACUACCAGUGCCUGCCCCUGGACGGUGUGGAGUGGAACAACCCAGUAGCUGGUAAUCAGCACGGGAGCUACAUGUACGGGACAGAGUACCAGGUUAAUAGUGAUGGGUAUUUCUCCACAGACACCAUGGGGCCGUAUAUCUCUAACCCUUAUAACUAUGACGUCCCCUGCUCGGUGUGUUUCGUGGAAUUACGGUCCGCACACGUCAUGAUCCCCGCCCGCCUGUCCUGUCCCACGGGGUGGAGUAAGGAGUACAGCGGGUACCUGAUGUCAGGCCAUCACGCUCACCAGAGCAACAAGAACUUCAUCUGUGUGGACGGAGCUCCCAUGCUAAGGCAAGGAUCAUCUGCCAAUGUCGACGGAGCACUGCUGUACCUGGUGGAGGCGCAGUGUGGCUCUCUUCCCUGUGGGCCCUACAUCAGUGGCUAUGAGCUGACCUGUGUGGUCUGCACCCUGUGAACAACCAGUUACGCAACUGGGCGACAACGCCCGUAUAUUUCUAUUCACUGUUCGGCGGCCUUACAAGUGUGUGUCUGUUUAUUUGUUUGUGCAACAAGUGAUGGUAUCUCUUGUAUGAUAAAACUCAUUGUGUUUUUUGUGUGUAAUACGGGCUAUAGUUUUGUGUGUGUGUAGUACAAGCGAUUGUGUUCUUUUGCGAAAUAUAAGUGAUUUGUGUUUCUUUUGUGUGUAAUACGAGUCAUGAUGUUUUAUGUAAUACAGUGAUUGCGAUUUUUGUGUAAAACAACAGUGAAUGGAUAAACUAGAUAGUUUCCAAAUACAUGUUCUCAACUGCAACUAGAAGGGUGUGUGUCCGUGUGACGAACUGGCAGGACAAUACUUAGCAAAACCAACACAUUUUCCUUUCAUCUUUACAAAUUAUUGGGAGAAGGGAAAUGAUUUCAUGUAUUCUAAUUAGUUAUUUAUUUUAUACUGUAGCAAAGUACUAUUGCCACACUGAAGGCAUAUUGUGACACUUUUCCCUUUUAUUACCAAGACUUCAUCAUGAAUGAGGUUUCUUCCUACAGAAUAAAGUUGUGUAUGGAUACAAUGGACAAACUCUACUGACACUACUUGCCUUUUUCUCUUGAGUCAAACUAUAAAAGCAUAAUAAAAAUCUAAACCUGAAAACCAAGAACACAGAAUCAGAGCUUAAAUCUCACUUUUUACUUGCAUGUGUACCAUUCUCCGUAUGCGCGUAGUGACCGCUAGGUCAAUCCUUUGCUUGCUAACCACCGUGAACAUCAUUCACACAAUCUGAUUAUUUCCUCUACACUUCAUGUGCAAAUACUACAUGCCUUCGCCUUAGUCGCAAA